CUCGUUUGACGGUACUUCCUCGGGCGGAAUGUCCGGUUCUUCCACUUCCGUUCUCUGUCAAAGUCGACGAGUGGUCGUUAGCAGCCGCUGGAACGAGGGGCACUUUCCCUACCCACCUCCGGGAAACCAAUCCCGACGCUCAAGCUCUCCUUGAAAACCCUGUUAAAUAAUCUCGCUUUCAUCGCCAUUUUCGCCCUGCCCUCCUCGUCCCGUCAGUCUCUUUCUUCUUGCUUGCUUCUUUGUAGAAGUUGAGACUGGUCUCGCUUGUUUUUUCAUUGCUACUUCGUCUGUUUACUUGGGCACAAGUGAAUGAACUGGGCACUCCCAAAGUGCCCGAGACUGCAUUAAUUAUUUGUUUGUUGUGUUGCUUGAUCUGUCCCACUUCUCGAAUUGUGCCCAAGUAUUCUUUAAUCUUAGCUAAAGCAGGCCCCUUUAAGGAAAGUUUCCAUUUUUAAAGGACAUCUGAGCUGAGCUUGCUCUUACGGCACUUUCUUGAUUUGGGAUAAAGGGCUUCCGCAUUUGUUAGAGAGCUAAAGCUCUCAUGGAGACAAGUAAAGGCGUGUUGGGGAAGAAUGAGACGGACGAAGUGAUUGUGAUGAUCUCGAGCAGCGAGUAUCUAAGCAGAGGCUCAUCUCCAAGACCCAAUAUUGAGCUCACAGAGCUUGAUAACCUUCAGUCUAGGGUGCAAGAUUCCAACUUGACAAGCCCUUCCGCUCAGGGACUCACCCAAUCUAGCCCAUCUCCUACUAAGCCUCCAAGAAUCCCCACCAGGAAGUCCCUUUUGAGGUCUUCCUAUUCGAAGCCGAAAUCAAGAUUAGCAGAACCAUCAUAUCCUGGUGAUACUGAUUUAGUUGAAGGGAAAACCCAAGUGAAGAGUUCUCAGUCUCCCUACAGGAAUUCACCUAGAGUGGGUUCACCUUAUAAUGCUGCAAGUUCUGGUGCCAAUAAAGACAAUGUGAAGUCUGUGCCGAUCACGCCUCGGAUGCCAUUGAUCGCGUCCCCCGUUCCAGAGGAGGAAGAUGAUGAGGAGGUGUACAAGACUGCAAACUUGAAGAUCCAACAAAUGUCUGGUAAGAAGUUUCCUAAGGUAAUUUUGGUUGAGUGGGUUGCAUUUGUGUGCAUCAUGGGACUUCUGAUCACAAGUUUAACUGUUCACAAGCUGCGAGAUACUUGUAUUUGGGGAUUGAGAUUGUGGAGAUGGUGUCUGCUGGUGUUGGUGAUUUUUUGUGGUAGGCUAGUGACUGAGUGGUUGAUCAAUAUAGUGGUCUGCUUGAUUGAAAGGGAAUUUUUGCUCAAAAAGAAGGUUCUGUACUUUGUGUAUGGAUUGAAAAAGGGUGUGCAGGCAUUUAUCUGGUUAGGUUUGGUUCUUUUAGCUUGGGCCUUAUUACUAAAUCAUGGAGUCAAGCGAUCAAGGCCCACGAAAAAGAUUCUGAAUUACGUUACAAGGGCUCUUGCUUCUUGUCUUAUUGGAGCUGCCAUAUGGUUGAUCAAGACCCUGUUGAUAAAGUUACUAUCUUCUUCAUUCCAAUGCACGAGGUUCUUCGAUCGCAUCCAAGAGUCGCUUUUUCACCAGUACAUUGUCAGGACCCUUUCAGGCCCGCCACUGAUGGAGAUGGCCGAAAUGGUUGGUAGAUCGAGAAGUAGUGGCCAACUCAGUUUUAUGAAAUACAAUAAAGAGGGAGCUAAGAAGCAAAAGGAGGUGAUUGAUGUUGAGAAGUUACAUAAGAUAAAGCAAGAUAAAGUUUCUGCUUGGACUAUGAAAGGGUUGAUUAAUGUCAUUAGCGUGUCGGGGCUGUCAACUCUUGCUGAGAGCCUUGAACAAAGUGAUGACGAGGAGGCAAAGCAACAAGAUAGGGAGAUCACUAACGAAUGGGAGGCCAGGGCUGCUGCUUAUCAGAUAUUCAGGAAUGUAGCGAAGCCCGGGAGCAAGUUCAUUGAAGAGGAGGAUCUUUUGCGCUUCAUGAAGAAGGAAGAUGUUGACAACGUAAUCCCGCUGUUUCCAGAAGCAGUGGAAAAUAGGAAGAUCAGGAGAUCAUCUUUGAAGAAUUGGCUGAUGGUGGUUGAAGAGAUGAAUAUAUUGACUACAAUCUUCUUGAGAUAUGACGGUGAAAAGAUAUUCUACCCAAAUUCAGUUUUGGCAACUAAACCUAUCAGCAAUUUCUAUAGGAGCCCAGAAAUGAGCGACGUGGUGGAGUUCACUGUUGACUUCUCUGCUUCAGUCGAAAAGAUUGGAGAUCUAAAAUCUAGAAUUAAAACAUACUUGGAAAGCAAGCCUAAACACUGGCGUCCGGGUCAUAAUGUUGUGGUUAAGGAGAUCGAGGAUGUUAACAAGUUGAAGUUGGGCCUCUACGUUACUCACACGAUCAAUUUCCAAAACUACGGUGAUAAGAACAGCCGCAGAUCCGAGCUUGUGUUGGAACUCAAGAAAAUCUUUGAAGAACUUGAUAGUAAGUAUCGUCUGCUCCCUCAAGAAGUUCAAAUCAGCUAUAUCGGAUCGGCAGCUACUAAUGGACGGCUUUGACUCGUCCAGCAAGUUCCUAGUUUGCUGCAAGUAAGCGCCUACUUCUUUCUUCUCUUGAUUAGCGUGUCACCCCGGAUGUUUGUGUUCCUCGCUCGAAACUGGGACAUCUAGACAUUAACAUCUAUAAUCUGAAAAAUGCCGAGUGUGAAGUCACCGCACUUCUUGUGCUUGAUCAGAUUCGAUCUUUCUUAAGCUGUGCUUCUAUAUUUCUUUUCAAUUCUUCUAAGGCGGUAAAACUUAGUGUCGUAUUUCAGAUUAGUCUUUCAGUGUAUCAUUAGCUUCGAUUUGGUUAAAAGAUUGUUAGUCCAGGAAAAUGCUUAAGGCUUGAUGAUUAGUGAAGCAUCAAGUACUUCACGAUUUCCACUUCUUUCGGAUGAUUAUCUUGACUGUGCUGUAAAUUCGUUGAACAGCUUUGCGCUCAUAUUGUUGAACCGCAGAUGUAUUUGGUUGGUGCUGAACUCCAUUAA